GGGAAUAAAGGAAUGGAGCGCGGGAUACAAACCGAGGCCCGUUACCUGGUGGAGUUCUUCAGAGACAAGGAGGGAGAAGCUGUGGACCCUUCCUUCCCCAUUGUCCAUGCUGUCUCCAAUGUGAUUUGUGCUGUGGUUUUCGGACAUCGUUUCUCCCUGGAGGAUAAAACCUUCCACCAGCUGAUUGAAGCCUUCGAUUAUAUAGUGGCUUUUGGGAACAGCCACUUUCAUUAUAUGUGUGAAGUGUUACCGUGGUUUGUAGAGCACCUCCCAGGACCUCUACAUAAAGCAAGAUUUUCCCGGGAUUUUAUUCGUUCCUUUGUAAGGCAGGAAAUCAAAAGCCACAGGGAAAAAGGCAGAAUAGAUGAACCAGAAGAUUUCAUUGACUUUUACCUGAAGCAGAUAGAGAAAACUAAAAAUGUCCCCAAUUCUACGUUUGAUGAAGACAACAUGAUGCAAUCUGUUUUUGACCUUUUCCUGGGUGGCUCAGAGACCACAGCCACCACUCUGCGCUGGGCUCUGCUCUAUAUGUUGGUUUACCCUGACAUCCAAGACAAAGUCCAGAAGGAGCUGGAUGCUGUUCUGAGUCCCUCCCAUCUCAUCUGCUACGAGGACCGGAAGAAGCUGCCAUACACAAAUGCUGUGGUUCAUGAGGUCCUCCGCUUCAGCAGCAUUGUUUUAAUCACAAUUCCCAGAGAAGCUGUGAAGGAUACCACUGUUCUGGGGUAUCAUGUUCCAAAGGGCACUCUAAUCAUGGCAAAUGUAGACUCAGCUCUUUUUGACCCUGACUAUUGGGAAACACCUCACCAGUUCAACCCUGGCCAUUUCUUGGACAAGGCUGGAAAUUUUGUGACCCGAGAGGCCUUCUUGGCCUUCUCAGCAGGUCACCGUGUUUGUCCAGGAGAGACAAUGGCCAAGAUGGAGCUUUUCAUCAUGUUCUGCAGCCUGUUGCAGAAAUUCAAGUUCACUGUACCAGAAGGAGUUAAGGAAAUCAACACAGACAUUAUCUUUGGGAGCACCAUGAAACCCCAUCCAUACAAGCUCUGUGUUUUGUUCUCUAAUGGUCAUGUCUGGAAGCAACAGAGGCGUUUUGGAAUGGCAACAAUGAGGAAGAUGGGAUUAGGGAAAAAAGAGGAUUAUCUACUGCAAGAGGAGGCUGCUCACUUGGUGGAAUACUUACAGAAAACAAAUGGAAAACCUCUGGACCCCAGUAUGCCUGUUGUUCAUAUGGUCUCAAAUGUCAUGUGUUCAAUCAUGUUUGGACAUCGUUUCUCCAGAGAUGAUGAGAAUUUUCACCGCCUGAUUGAGUCCUUUGACACCAUGGCAGCAUUUUUGAACAGCGUCUCCUUUUAUAUGUAUGAGUUGUCUCCCUGGCUUGCUGGUCACUUUCUGCCAUCAGUUAAAAAGAUGAAGUCCAGCAGAGAUUUUGUGGAGGCUCUGUUACUAAAGGAACUUGAAAGUCACAAAGGAAAAAGAAAGCUUGAUGAAAAUCGACAUUUUAUUGAUUACUAUUUGGAUGAGAUAGAUAAAACUAAAGGAGAUGCUGGUGCAACUUACGAUGAAGAAAACUUGAUCCAGACUGUUGCUGACCUCUUUGUAGCAGGCAUAGAAACUACAGCCACCACUUUACUGUGGGCAUUGCUCUAUAUGGUGAUUUAUCCUGACAUUCAAGAGAAAGUCCAGAAGGAGCUGGAUGCUGUUGUGGGUUGUUCCCAUGUGUUUUGCUAUGAGGACAGGAAAAGGUUGCCCUACACAAAUGCUGUAAUUCACGAGAUCCAGAGAUACAGUAACAUACUCUUAAUUGCACUGCCCAGAAUGAGUGUGAAGGACACAGAGCUGCUGGGAUAUCGCAUUCCAAAGAACACAGUAGUUUUAGCAAAUAUUGACUCUGUUCUGGCUGAUCCUGGAAAAUGGGAGACACCUGAUCAGUUCAACCCAGGCCACUUUCUGGAUAAAGAUGGAAACUUUGUAAACAGAGAAGCAUUCUUACCAUUUGCUAUAGGGCACCGUGUGUGCAUGGGGGAGCUGUUGGCAAGGAUGGAGCUCUUUAUUGUCUUUUCCACCUUGCUACAAGCAUUCACAUUCACCCUGCCAGAAGGAGUGAAGGAAGUCAACACCAAGUUUGUUUUUGGGAGCACGAUGAAGCCACUUCCCUACCAGCUCUGUGCCAUUCCUCGAUAG